AUGUCGGCAAGGGUGCAGCAGGAGAGUCAUCGAUGGAGGAGCGUGUGGCAGGGAUGGGUAAUGGCACUGCAACAGGCGCAGCGCUCGGUAAUUGCAAGAGCAGCAAGAGAGGCAAGAGCUGGAGCGUCAAAGAGUGAUGCAAGCUCACUUAGCUUAUUCUGGGCAAAACAUGCACAAUUGCGCACUUUCUUCCCAAGUGACGUCAUGACAAUAAAUAGGAGAAAGAGGAAAGGUAUAGUAUAA